GGCGUCGAGGGCUGCCCCCGCCGCGGCGUCAACGCACCAAUCGUAUAUUGCGGCCGCGACGGGCUCCCUUCAUACGUUCGGAGCGUCCGCAGAGCAAAAAACGCGACCGCUCGGCGCUUUCUAGGCACCAAAGACCAUGACGGGCAAGCUCUCGGCGGCGCAGCUCGCCGAGCGCCUGCCCGACGAGGCCGACGACGGCCCGACGCAGCUCGCGGACCGCUACCCCCAGAUCGACGCCCCUUUACGGAUAGAGCCGCCGCCGAGCAUGAAGGCGCCGGCCAGGAACGACGCGCCGAGCCGCGAUGCCCACAUAAGGCGGUCGGCCUUCGCCCCGGCCGCCGCCACCAUCAAAGGCGACGUCCUGAAGGCGCUCGGCGCCGUCGACGAUCCUACGAAGUUCCUGGACCCGCGGACGGCCGAAGGAUCGAAACUGAGGAGCCUCGACCGCGCCGUCCCGGACCCGGCGGCGCGCGGCCCCUUCGACACGAAGAUAAGCAACUUCCGGCACCUCGCCUUCUCGUCGCGCCGCGCCGGGCGAAGGGAGACGGAGGCCCAGGCCUACUUUAGCAUCGGCGUGAUGCACGACAACGAGGGCCAAUUCGACGAAGCGCUGCGGGCCUACGGCCAGUUCCUGGCCGUGGCCCGGGACGUCGACGACGUGGAGAAGGAGGCCCUGGCCUACAACGCCAUGGGCGUCGACGAGAUGGCCGCGGCGUGCCCCGCGAAGACGACCGGCGAGGGCUUCGGCGCGGCGGCGCUCGCUGAUCAGAGCGUCGAGCGCCUCGAGAAAGCAAUCAAACUCCACGAGCGCCAUUUGGAAAUCGCGGACGCCGGCGGGCGCUUCGCGGCGCUCACGAACCUGGGCUUGUGCCGGGGCGCGCUCGGCGACGCCGACGGCGCCGCGCGGCACCACCAGGACGCGCUGCGCCUCGCGAUCGAGCUCGAGUCGUCGUCGGGCCAGUCCAUCGCCGUGGGCAACCUCGGGAGCCUCGCGCUGCGGCGCGGCGACCUCGCGACGGCGCGGCCCUGCGUCGAGCAGCACCUCCAGCUCGCGCGGUCCCUGGGCGACGCCGGCGCCGAGGUCCACGCGCAUCUGAAACUCGGCCACCUCGCGGCGGCCGAGGGCGACGACGGCCGCGCGCUCGCGGCGUUCGAGGCCGCGGCGGCCGUGGCCGAGCAGGUCGGCGAGAUCGGGACGCUCAAGCGGGCGAACUGCUACGUCGGCGUCGCGCGGGGCUCGCUGACCAUGGACGCCAUGUUCCGCGGCCUCGCGGACCGCGUCCGCGCCGACGAGGCGCGCUGGGCCGCCGAGGCCGCGGCGGACGCGCCGGCGCCGGCGCCGGCGCCGGCGCCCGCGCCCGCCGCGGAGUGA